AUGAAGCAUUUACUUUUGUUUUCGAUUUUCCUGGUGGCCAUCGUCAGCAGUAGUAUCACAUUUGAUCAUUCUGAAGACUGCGACGAUGAUGAUUAUGGAAAUGAUGGUGGUAUUGUGCUUGGUGGUGGUGGUGGAGGAGAUUCUUGCGAAGACGGAGGUGAGCAACAAGUCGUGCUGAUCGGCCAAGUUUUGGGUGGCGGCGGUGGUGGUGGAGGUCGCCGUCAUCACAGAGGUCAUCGUCAUGGAGGUGGAGGACACAGACAUGGUGGUCAUCGAGGUGGUGGUGGAGGACGUGGGAUGGUAAUUGGCGCCGAGAGACCUCAAUAAUUGAACUGUUAUAAGGGAAAUGAAGUCGUAUUUUUUU